GCGCACACAAGCGGGAACGCGCUCCCCGCCUCUCUGCCCGUCCUGAGACAGAGCAGCGGCGGCGGCGGGGCGCGGGCGCCUGGGGUGGAGGCUGCCGCUUCUGCGCGGGCGUCGCUAGCGGGCCGGGCGCGGACUCGGGGCACGCUUUCCCGUGCUGACCCAGACGAAAACGCACCUCCGUCCAGGGCUUCAUAAUUAUAGUCCAGUGGAGGCAAUGAAAGAAAUGGCUUCUGCCAUGGGGUGGUGGCGUGGAUCUCUUCCAUUUAAUUGCCCUGUAUUGUACUUACCUUGCAGGCAUUUAAAAACAAAGGCUUGAUCAACAUUUUCUUGGUAUUGGGGAGAGGUCUGAGUCCCACCCAGUUGGAAUGUUCUCAAACUGUGUCUAAGAUUAGGAAGACUGUUAUGUGGGGAAGAGACUUUCUGUGAAGGCACCUGCCCAUCUGAAUAUUGUGAAGACUUCACCCAGGCUUUGUAAGCAGCAGAGAGAUUUGUGCUUCUGUUUACACUUACACACCAUCUUUGCUUCUUAUGCACUCCAGCACCCCUAUUAGCUCAUUGUUCUCCUUCACCAGCCCAGCAGUGAAGAGACUGCUGGGCUGGAAGCAAGGAGAUGAAGAGGAGAAGUGGGCAGAGAAGGCUGUAGAUUCCCUGGUGAAGAAACUGAAGAAGAAGAAAGGCGCUAUGGAAGAACUUGAGAGGGCUCUGAGCUGUCCUGGUCAGCCUAGUAAGUGCGUCACAAUCCCACGCUCCUUGGAUGGGAGGCUGCAGGUGUCUCAUCGCAAGGGGCUGCCCCAUGUCAUCUAUUGCCGAGUGUGGCGUUGGCCCGAUUUACAGUCUCACCAUGAAUUGAAACCACUGGAAUGUUGCGAAUUUCCAUUUGGCUCGAAGCAGAAAGAAGUUUGCAUCAACCCCUACCAUUACCGGCGCGUGGAGACCCCAGUGUUGCCUCCAGUGCUGGUUCCAAGACACAGUGAAUUUAACCCGCAUCUCAGCCUCCUUGCCAAGUUCCGGAGUGCUUCCCUCCACAGUGAGCCUCUGAUGCCACAUAAUGCCACCUAUCCUGAUUCUUUCCAGCACACUCCCUGCACUCCUUUUCCAUCAUCACCCAGUAACAUGUUCUCUCAGUCACCCAGCAGCAUCAGCUACCCUAACUCUCCAGGAAGUUCUUCUGGACCAGGAAGUCCAUAUCAGCUAACAGUUGAAACGCCCCCACCUUACAAUGCAAGAGAAACACCAGGAAACCAAAAUGGACGAUCAGUGGAUGCAACAGCUGACAAUCAGUUAGUGCUAUCAUUGCCCAAUGGAGACUUUCGACCUGUUUGCUAUGAGGAACCCCAGCACUGGUGCUCAGUUGCCUACUAUGAACUCAACAACCGAGUAGGGGAGACUUUCCAGGCUUCCUCUCGGAGUAUUCUUAUAGAUGGAUUCACGGAUCCUUCAAAUAACAGGAACCGAUUCUGUCUUGGACUGCUCUCUAAUGUCAACAGGAAUUCAACUAUAGAAAACACCAGGCGACACAUAGGAAAAGGUGUCCAUCUGUAUUAUGUUGGUGGCGAGGUGUAUGCAGAAUGCGUGAGUGACAGCAGCAUUUUUGUACAGAGCCGCAACUGUAACUAUCAGCAUGGCUUCCACCCAGCCACUGUCUGCAAGAUUCCCAGCGGCUGCAGCCUCAAGAUUUUCAACAACCAGCUCUUUGCCCAGUUGCUCGCCCAGUCAGUCAACCAUGGCUUUGAGGUGGUGUAUGAGCUGACCAAGAUGUGCACUAUCCGAAUGAGCUUUGUUAAAGGCUGGGGAGCAGAGUAUCAUCGCCAGGACGUGACAAGCACUCCCUGCUGGAUUGAGAUUCAUCUGCAUGGACCAUUGCAAUGGCUGGAUAAGGUGCUCACACAGAUGGGCUCACCUCAUAACCCCAUCUCCUCAGUCUCUUAAGAAUCAUCUCUAGUAUUACCUAUAGGAUGGAUGCUAUUGCAGGCAGUGGCUUAUAGAAUCUCCAAUUAAAAGAAGUUUCUAUAUGUAGAUGUAAAUAUAUAUACAUAGUCUACUAUCCCUAUUUUUUUCAUGAUAUGUUUUGUUGUUUCUAGUUAACAUGAUGCUAGUAUAACAAGGUGAUAAAUUCAGGGUUAGCACAUCUGUUCUCUUAUAUGAAAUAAACCAGAUCCCUGCAAAGAGCUAAACAUUUCCUGUGAGCAUCUUCACUUCCCACCCAAGUCUUUGAGAGGUGAGAAUUCUCAGCAUGCCAUAUGGAGUAAGAACCCCUGGCUGUAGAGAACCAACACCACAGCUGUGCACCACAUAAACCCAUUUUAAAUUCUGAGGACUUAAGCAGAACCAAAGUGGCCCGCAGGAUUUGUGCAUAGGGUGAAUUUCAGCUGGUGAGUUAAAGGAAUAAACAGCAGUUUCAGUCUGUCUCCCUAUUUGUGACAUUCUGCAGGGUACCAUAUGGACUUUUGAACAGCUGUGUCCCUUCUUUUCGCAACCUGGGGUUGCCUUUUACACUGCUUGUUGUGAGAAUAACCACUCCUGGCCUGUUCAAACACAGCCUCUAGCAUGCAAAAUCACUCCCAGCUGAAAGAUCUGACUGUUCUAGCCAGUCUCUCCUGAAUUAUAUUACAGAGUGACACCAGCAAAUUCUCAGUCUCAAACUUGUCCCCAGAAAUAUGUGUCUUGUACUGCCCAACACCUUCCUGGACAAUACAAGUUCAUAGAAAGUCCAUCACUUCAUUAAUAGAAAAUGAUAUACACGAGCCUUGUUAUCUCAAAUGGAGGUUCCCAAACACUUCAGUCCAAACACACUGGUUUAGAUAAAACAAGUUUAUUAACUACAGAAAGAUAGAUUUUAAGUGAUUACAAGUAAUGAGGUAUAAAAGUCAGAAUUGGUUACAAAGAAAUAAAAGGUAAAAUGCAAAGUAAUAACUUAUCAAACGAAGUGAAUUCAAAGCAAAGGUUUUUCCUCACCACAUGCUUUUACUGGCUGAACUCCUUCAGGCAGGCCCCCUCCCCCAGUUCGGUGUUUCUUCAGGGGUCUUUAACGCUGUGAGCAGCUGGAAAGGGAGGAGAGAGGUGAUUUGGGUCCUCUGUUCCUCAUUUUUAUAUCUCUAAGAGGAGGAAAAGAAUCAUCUCCAACUGGGGUUCAGGUGACAGCAAGUCUGUCUGCCAAGAUGCAAAUUUAUCGCUCACACCCUUCUUCCUGCCAAAGAAUGACCGCUUACUCAGGCGAUUGUCCAUUUGAUUUUGUUGACACCUGGCAGAGGCAUCCAUUUUCCUUUUCUCUGAGGGACUGGUUUGGGCUGCUUCCCCAGAAUUGGAAUAUGCCUUAUAAGAUUCUAUGAUGUUACUAACUUUACAUACAAUGUUGCCAGACAUAUUAUGCCAGGAUAAUAAUCAGCGAGUUAUGAGUUUUCAAACAAUAUCUCACAAGGCAUACUUUGUACAAGAUUUAUCAUAGUUUCGUAAAGUACAGUCUGUCACACUAAGGCAAAGCAUUACGGGCCAGGUCCUAUGAGAAGCUUAGUUUUCCACAUGUACCGUUGAUUUCAGUGGGAGCUGCUGGCUCACAGGAGGUGUUCAGCUCUUCCUUGUCAGAGCAUCCUGGCCUAACCGCAGUAGUCAGAUACUGUUGACACAGUAGUGUAUGGUACUGUUGCACUGAAAAACAAGAACAAUUUCAUUUAAACAAAACCAAAAUCUAUGCAUAUAUAUAUAUAUAAAAAAAAUGAGUUAACUUCUACUGCUUUUUGCAAGAUAGAUAAAUAAAUAAAUAAAUUAAAUACUUAUCUGGCAUGUAAACUUCAUCCUCUCCACUGAGCAGUAUUGAUGUAUUUUGUUUUUAAAUUAGAACUAUCUGUAGUUAGACAAUUGUGGUGCUAUCCAUGGUACGUCUAAAAGGGACUUGGAAUCUGAGUCACAAAAGGGAGGUAAAGUGUAAAUUGUGAAAUUACAUAACUAGCUUAUUCCCUGUGGGAGAGCCUGUGUACUGGGUACAUGGCAGAGUUGGGAGCAGCAAACAUACAAGAGUGGGAGGUGGGAGUGGGAUUGAGUCGGAUACGUUUACUGUAUUGAUGGUGCCUUGCUUUGGGGACUGACUCUGGGCCCCUGAUUAUUCAGGGACUCAGCAGGUGAUGCUCUCAGCCAGUCUCAGGGGGCAAAGCAUACAGUGCCCAUCCCUACAGUUGCUGGAAUAGGCUGUUUACCAUCUUAGCCAUAGGCCUUGGCAUUUGCACAGUGGUUUUGGCCAUGUUGCAGGGAAUGGCCAGGACUGCAGGGGGAACAGGAAGUCCAGAGCAAAGCAGUGGGCAAAAGUGUUUUAUAAGCUUCCAGUCCACGUUCCCUCUGCAAGUUGGACAAGCUGUUGCCUACACUCUGGUGCAUGGAACCAGACUGGCAAAACUCCACUCGCCCAGGACACGUAAUCUUUUCUGAAGGGCACCAAUCCUUUUUCAUGAUCACCAAAAACAUGUGAAAGGGGUGGGUGAAUAUUUGAUUAUGCCUAGGCAGGCCAGCUUAGCUAGCUGCCAGGAACCAGGUUGCUGUAAGGGACAGAAACUCCAGUAACUUCAUAGAUCCCGCUUUUUACUAAACAGAAGAGUUACCCUGAAACUUUUAUUGAACAGAAUGAUUUUUCUUUUCUCCUUGCACAAUAUCUAGAACUAAGCAUUGCACUGUCCAAUUGUAAGAAGAGGAUUUCUGAAACCUUUAGGUAUAUGUUGUAUAAAAGUUAAACAACAUCUGUUGAAAAGAUUUCUCACAACUUCUAGAAGUUGUGUAAUAUCUAUUAUAAGGUGAUAAUUAUGAAUGUAGCACAAGAAUUUUUAAUAAACCAACAGGGUUACUUUCUUUGAAUACAGCUUCAAGCAUUUCCAACAGUGUUAUUGCACAGAAUAAUAAUUUAUCAUUAAAUUCUGUGCAAGAUAGCAAGUUUUCAUGGGAAAUGUAUAUUGGUGAAAAGCCCCAUUCUGUCACCACUUGAUAUCAGCAGCAUCAUUAUCUGACAGGAGAAGCUUGCUUUAUAAUCUCCCACAGCAAUGAAAUCAAGUAAUAUCGGUACAGAGCAACUCUAGGCAUGCCAUUUACUGCUUAGCAGAGUUGACGAAAAUUAGUUGGAAAAGACUUUUUCAUCAGCUCUCUAAUCUUCUCUACACAGCAUCCACUGCAUCAGCAAUGUCACCCUACUGGGGUCUUCAAAAUAUUCAUUGCUCAGUUUCUCCACCAAUUUUUCUGUGCUUUUCUGACUGCAGCUCCCCCUCCAUUUUUAGCAAUUGAGAAUGGAGAAAACCCACUUGCUCCAUUCCAGCAGCUAGUUACUUUCCCCCAUUCUGUAUCCUAGGUUCAUCCUUCCCUUCUGCGCUGCCCUUUUCAGUAAAAGACAAUUGACUCCCUCCAGCCCAGAGGGCAGAAGUUGCAACCUCCUCCUCCUCCUCAAUCCCCUGUUAAUGCCUGUAUAGAAUGGACUUGAAUAUAGACAUUCUCAGCACCUUCCUCUUCUACUCGGAGAGUGAACAUGUCCCUUCCAAGGUGCACCUGGUCUUUGUCAGCUUUAGAAUCCAGUUGUCUCCUGCUGAUAGUGCAGCAGAACCAGCUGCACCAGUCUCUUUUCUAAAAUAUUUGCGGUUCGUAGGGGGUUUCACCGCUGGAAAGCAAUGGCAUUUGCAUUUUAAUAACCCAUGUGAUUUGUGUGUGAUUAAAACACCAAUCACCUCAGGUUCGCUUUUUCCCUCCUGCAUUCCACCGUCCUGGGAGCAAUCCUUAUAAAAAUAGCCCCAUUAACUUAAGUAGGACUACACCCCUGAGUAAGGCCUGCAGUACCAAGUUCCUAGUGUGUAAACCCCACUUGCCUUGUUAAGGUAUGUCAUCAGGUUUUAAAGCACUCACAGCAGACGUGGCAAAACCCUAAAUUACACUCAGUCCAAAUUUUACAAAAGCAGCCACUGAUUUGCAGUGCCCAGCUUCAGCCACCUUACACCAAAUCUUUAAAGAUACUUAGGUGCUUACUGCCAUUGAUGGGAACUAAGGGACUAAACAUCUUUGAGGAUCUGGACCCUUGGGCCUGAGUUUCAAAGGGCCUCAAUGUCUGCAGCCCUGAUUGAUUUUAGCUGGGUGCUCAGCCUCUUCUGAAUGACAGGUCCACAUUGUCUGAAACUGGGCAUAAAUUUCCCAUAACUUAUGGCAAGGUAAUUCUGUAUUUCACUGCAAUGUUUCCCCAUUGUAAACAGUGAUAUUUUCUGCUCAAAGGUCUUCAUGAAGCUGUCAGCUAAUAUUCAAUUAAAAACCUUUAAAUGAACUCGUAAAUACUCCAGCUUUUUAGAGAGGCUGCCAGAGAGAUUUAAAAGCCACUUAGAGGAAAACUACUUAGCAAAGACAGGUUUUUUAAUGUUUUUUUUUUUUUUAAAAGCUUCUGGGUAUCAACAAUUCAAACCAUGUUUAAGGUUCUUACAGAGAAGGCCAAUGUAUCAAGAGAGUUAUGAGGUUUGAGCUGCUGGUGGCACAAAGAACAUUCAUCAUGGUGCUCAGACUGCUUAUUUUCCUAUUAAGAAAUCUGUGCGAGAAAAUUGUUGUGGGUUGAUGGUAGUUUAAUUUCUGCCAGUAUUUCAGAAAUAGCAGAAAAUUUCAGAGCCCGUUCAAGCAAACUUGGCAUCCCCCAUGAAGCCAUCAGUUGGCCCCUUCUUCUUUUUCCCACCCUUAAUCCCCCAUUUACCCCACACCAGAUGGGCAGGUAUAUAGAGUGUCCAGACCCGGUGAGUGCAUGUGUUUGUGGAGAGAGUUAAGAGGUUUCCUGUUAAACAGGAGCACAGAAGGCCUUGCAGUGCAAUAGUUAUGACUGCAAUAAAGGGGAAGACAUCCUCAUUCCCCUUAGGGCCCAAGGUCCUGUUGUCCCUGCUCCACAGAGGAUAUUAUUGUGACACAGCUGCCAGCUAGGGAAUCUAGAGCCCAAUCCAACACCCACAGAAAUCAGUAAGUCUUUCCAGUGAGUCUAAUGGGUGUUCAGUCAGGAUUAUAGUCUAAGUCAAACUGUAGUGAAGUGGCCCACACAUUAGCUCUGCAGGUUCAUUCCUGGUAGUGACCAAGACGGUGGUUGCAACAUUAUCACAGGAGAGCUCUGCUAAGGAGAGGCAACUUGUAUUCCACACCUUGUGCCACUGAAGCAUGAACAUCAGUGGGCCCCCUCAGCUUCAGGAUUGAGGGAGAGGCAUCUGCGUCUAGCUUUGUCUGAUUUGACCCUGCUCUUUCAUGGCUGACAGCAUUUAUUAUCUGCUUGCAAAGCUAUGAGAAUCAGGAAGCAUCACUCACCACUUGCUGCUUAGAGAGCUGUCCAGUCCCUUAGAUUUAUAGUGACUACUAUGGGAGAAACUGCAUCUGUUUCUUUCAGUUGAAUAGAAUCAUUAAUGAAGCGUGGCUGAAUUUACUUGUUCUUGGAAUGGAUCUCAAAGGGAAAGCCAGUGUUCUUGGCUCAUUAGGGACUUUUUCUUUCAUGUGCAACUUUAAGAAUACUUAAAUUCUAUCUGAUAAAUCUGGGGGGAGAUCUAUAGACCAUUUGAAAUGUAAUGUGUGAUAUCAUCCCUAGCAGUGCAGGGCAUUUUGUGAUGGAAGUCAAAACCAUAGACAAGCAUUUCAUCCAUCUUUCUAUUAAUCUCUCUCUUUCAUUAUUGAUUCCAGGAAAACUAGAAGCAGAUGCGGUAAAUAAAGGUUGGGGAACAAUGGAGUAAACUCAGAAUAGAACACUCAUUAAAGUGUCAUUUUCAAAGCUGAGACAUGUUGCUCAUAAUGCAGAUUAUGCCAUUGCCAGGAACGCUGGUUUUAUCCUGGGUGUCUCCUGCUUUUGAGUUGGGACAGGCAGCUAGUCAGAAUAGUCUGCAGGUACAAUGGGGAGCUUUAGUGAAAGAGCUGAGAAGGGUCCAUGCAGGGCUGCAGCUUUCUAAAGUUUUUAGGACUAAAUUCUGCUUCACUGAGGGACCAGGGAGAGUGGAGAUGAGCUCAUGAGCAGAAUGCCCCAAGGAAAGGUGUGAUGGUAGGGAGCAUGCUGGACAGUGUACUUAUGUGUGCAGCAGAAAUGUGCAGCUAUGUGUGCCUCCCUAUCCUCCCAUCUGAGUCUGUGCAUGGGGCAAAAGCGCCUAGCCAUAGCCCCAGUCUGGCUGGGCACUACAUAUCAGGAACUAUGGACUGGGGCUAGCUGCCCCCACGCUGUUAGGGAGUUGUCAGGCAGUGUUCUGCCUGGCUCCUGGAUAGAGGAGAGAAUCCCUGUACCCUCUUUCACCCAGUAAACUGCUGGAAUGACUCGACAGGGAAAAAAAAGGAGAGUCACAGUCAGCAAAGCCUGUUUCUUAAGGAAUAACCUUUAUAACAAGAAAUCAAAAUAAGUUCACAUGAACAAAAAAUCUCCGCAGCUUGGGGGCUUCAGCAUAAUGCCAUGACUCCUGGUGUAGAGCGAGCGCUACCUUCUUAAUGGCAUCCUCCUCCCAGAACAACCACUCUCAGAGCCCUUUCCUUUGAGCACCUCUGCCAGGUGAAGAGAGGCUGAGUGGUAGUUAAACCUUGGUUUAGAAGGGGGUCAGCUAAUACUCCUGUCAAACACCCACUUUGCCCCAGAGCACCUGCACAAGACAAGACAACAUACAGCUUUUAUUUUACAAUCAACUGCCUGUGCAAAGUAGAUCACAUACUUCCUCCUUAAAUUGAUUCCCUGGGUUAGAACAUAAGAACAGCCAUACUGGAUCAGACUAAUGGUCCAUCUAACCCAGUAUCCUGUCUUCCGACAGUGGUCAAUGCCAGGUGCUUCAGGGGGAAUGAACAGAAGAGGGCAAUUAUUGAGUGAUCCAUGCCCUGCCAUCCAGUCCCAGCUUCUGGCAGUCAGAGAGACUUAGGGACAGCCAGAGCAUGGGGUUGCCGUCUUGGUUAAUAACCAUUUUGGGUUUGGCUUGUUUAAUUCUGUUUUAAAUUACACACUGUGUCCUUUGGAGUCAGUUGCACUUCCAUCAUAGCUGGAAAUAUUCACACUGGCAAAUUGUGAACUGUUUUCUGAUGUGCAGUCUUUUUGUUACACAUGUAUACUGCUAUUUGUAUUCUGAGUUAAUCCUAAAAUGGUCGUGCAUAAUAAUAGCACAGGAAAACUAGACCAACCAGUUAAUUUCAAAUACAUAAUUCAUCAUAAAUUGAAAUCCUUGGAAGUUUGGUUAAUCCUAACCUCUUGCACUUUCAAAUACAUUAUCAUGUCAUCUGUAUCAAAAUGUUUCUGAUAUUACAAUGUGUGGUAGAAUCUCAUUAAUUCACACUCAUGCCUGUGAGACACUGCAGAUUAGCGAGCACGGGAGCAAAUUUAACAAAGAGCAGGGAUAACUCAUCACUACAUUUUCUUCAUUUAUUUUGGCACUUUUAGUUCUGUUUUAAUUAUUUAUAAUUCUUUCUAAAAUACAAAUAAAUUUACCACAGCAUAUUUUGUAAAGAUAACUCAUUAGUAAUUCAAGAUCUCAUUACAGCACUGCCUCUGCUAUUUAAAUUUUGCUGAUAAAUGGGAAGAUUAACCCCUUUGUGUGUGGAUUAUAAAGUGUGUAUAGUAAUGAAGGCUCUAAUCCUCCAAAAAUGUAUGCAUGUGAGGGGCCAAACUAUGGAUUUGAGAGGUUCUCUGCUGUUUAUUGGUAUGUAUUAGUUAUCACACU